AUGACAACGCAUUUUCGUCGCUUCAUGUAUAAUAAAUUGGAAUCGGCACCGUUAUCCAUCGACGACUUAUUAUUUAUCAUAAAUGAGCUUUCUAUUCCGCUAAAAAAGCGUCAACUUAAAAAGAUCGAAAAUCGAUUCAGUGUAACUUUUUUGCUCUUGCAAAGUUCCAUUAUUGGCUACGAAAAGGAAGGAAAAUUUUAUUACAUUAAUCAUGAUCGUCUCAUGAAGAGCAAAAUAGUUGAAAUAAUUGAUAAAGAGCAUGUAACUGAGAACAUUGAAGAUGCCAAAGAACUAAAAGAAUACAGUGUUAAAGAAAACAUAGUUAAGGAAAUUGCAAGUUUUGAAACGACUGAAAAUAUCACAUUAAAAGAAAAUAUAUGGGCCAUAGAAGUUAAACCGGAAAUUCCACUUGAAACAAAUGCUAAUGCUACAAAGCAAAGACAGGGCUUCUUUGAACUUCUAAAAAUUUUUUUUUCUGACUCAUAUGAUGCUUUUGAUUUUUCUGAUCUUCCGGAUUUUUUUCCUAUUUAA